AAAAAUAACGAGGAUACUAUGGAGGAUACUAUUAUGCAGAUGGAUUUGUAUGGAUUGCUCGGUGUGGAAUCGACGGCUUCUAUGCCAGAGAUAAAAAAGGCGUACCGCAAGAAAGCAUUGACAUGCCAUCCUGACAAGAAUCCUGACAAUCCGAGAGCCGCAGAAUUAUUUCAGGAACUCUCGAGAGUACUGGAGAUAUUAACGGAUGAAAAUGCUAGAGCAGCGUAUGACAAAGCCAUUGCUGCCAGGAAGCAGGCGAAGGAACGCGUUAGACAGUUUGAUGCCAAGAGAAAAAAAUUGAAGGAAGACUUAGAAGCACGCGAGGAGGCUUAUAAGAGGUCGUGUGAUCCUGCACCUAAAAGUAAAUCUGACAAAGAAAGAAUGAUGGCGGAAGUGAAAAGAUUACAAGAAGAAUGGUAUAAACAAGUGGAAGAAGAGAUGGCCUUUACACGAAAACUUUUAAAUCAAUUUGACAACUUGUCGAAUCCAGGAUCUGAUGUAGGCAAUUUUCGAAUCAAGAUCAAAUGGAAGAUACAAGCUGGUGAUCCAACAAGUGGCGGUUAUAAUUAUGAUAAUUUGCAUAAAAUGUUUUCCAAGUAUGGAGACAUAACGGCUCUUGUUGUAUCAUCCGCAAAGAAAGGCAAUGCCUUGGUUGAAUUUGGAACUAGAAGUGCAGCAGAAACAGCGCUUCUAGCAGAGAUUGGUUUAGCUGAAAAUCCAUUAAGACUUAGUGGUCUAUGGGAUACAAAAAAACAUUCUACCGGUGCUGCAAGUAGUGCAAAUUUUAAUAUUAGGAAUCCUACAUUUCCUACAAUGGCACAUUUCAACAGCACACCAUGCGCGUCUGUCAGUUUUUCUUCCGCACCUGAUAUAUUCACACAACAGCCAAGACUGUCGGACGCAGAAUUUGAAAGUUCUGUAUUAACUAAUCUAAGGAGAGCAGAAGAACGCAAACGGCUCAUAGAGGAAUUGAAGGCGCAAGAUGAAAAUUAAUUCGGGUAUCGACAUAAUUUAUAUCCCUUUGUGUGUAUA